GUUUCCUCUCUUCCCAUGACCAAUAUACUUUCGAAACCUGCACCAUUCGCUCUGUCUAGCAGCAUGCUUUGCAACCGCGGUGCGUACAUUUUACGAUCUUCAUUCUCCGCUUCUCGCGAUCGCGAUCGUAAGCCGCGCGAACACACAUUGGCGUCUUUCACGAAAAUCAGUACAGCUUGAGUCGUUACACCGAGAGGCCGUUGCACGUUGCUGUUCCACCGUAAGGUGUGUACCCCAUUCGAUGUGAUUCCGUGUUUGUUAGUGGGUUGCAUAUUGAUGCUGAGAGAGUAAAGUCCAUUCUUCAAAAUAAGUGCAGUGAGUGAAUGCGAAGUAAGCAAACGAAAAUUGCCACCCCGAGGCUGCCGCCUGUAGUACAGUACUCAGUUGUGUCCCCUUUCUAACUGCCCGUUUCGCCGUGUCUGGGUAUCUCCAGUUGUUGGUGCACUUACGUUAAAGGCCUUUAAAUCAGCCCAGUGUCUCAAAGCGUGUCGUUGCAUAACUCAAGCUUGCCCUGCCUAGUUCAGUUAUACGGCUCUUUCAAAGGGUUCGUCACUUGGCCGGGCAUUGAAAUCGUUCGAUCGAGAAUUGGUAGUGUAUACCGACACAGUCGCGGUGCUGGCGUUAUGUUAUGGUGGUGAAGGUGCCGCGUACCGUAUUCGAGUGAACCAGUGCUCGGUUAGUGUCGUGCAUUCGAUUGUGCCCAAAUCCCAAAUUUUGCAACGAAACAGCUCCCAGACUGGUGAUCGACCUAAGUGGCGCAGUGGUAAAAAAUACCACCCUAAACGUCGCGAUGAUGAAGCUAAAGUUGUUGUACGCGCUAGCCUGCAUAGUGCUGACCGUGGCCAGCUGUGAAGCGAAAGCCACCCACAAGGUAACAUGUGCGGACGAAACGAUGCGGGUCGAUGUGGCACUGCCGGCGAAUAAUUUUUCUGGCGAUUCCGUUUAUCUGGAUGGUAUGAAGGGAUAUCCGGAUCCGAAAUGUAAACCAACCAUACGGGAAAAUCUGGCAGUUUUUGAGCUUUCGCUAACCAACAUCUACGAUUGUGGCGUAACGCGUGUGAUCAAUCAAAUUACUGGGAAGAAAGUAUUCUAUCAUCGUAUCAUCGUUGAGGCAGGUCCGGAGACCGGUAAGGAGAUCGUGAGCGUGAAAUGCAUCACCACGGGUCCCAGCUACAAUGUUACACACGGUAUUGUCAAGCGAGAUGUGCUGCCGGCAGGCUUUCAGGAACCAGAGGAUCUCGAAAUAACGACCUCCAUUACGGAGAAUGCCCCAGAACCGUCGCUGGGCAUUGCCAUCCGCCAGGGAGACAAGCUGGUAUCGGGCGACCUUAACGUUAGCCCGGGGGCUCACCUUCAGAUGGAAAUUUUCCUCGACAACCGUUCGGCACCGAUUUACGGCCUGGGCGUAAACUACAUGCUCGUCACCGACACCAAAUACCAGGAGGAAACGAUUAUUUUCAAUGGCUGCUCGGUUGAUCCGUAUCUGUUCGAAAAUUUCAACACCGUCGACGGUGACCUGUUGGCGGCAAAGUUCCGGGCCUUCAAGUUUCCCGAAUCGACGUACGUCCAGUUCCGGGGUACGGUAAACGUUUGCGUCGAUCGGUGCAAGGGUGUGAUCUGCAGCAACGGUCAGACUGCUUUUGGGCGCCGUAAACGUGAGAUUAGCGUGGCACCGGCUGACCCGAACAAGGUGUACGAAGUCACAAUGACCACCUUCAUCAAGGUGAACUACGAUGAAAAUGCGGAUCAAAACACCGUGUCGGAGAUUGAUCAAAAAAUUCGUCAGUUGAAGCUCACCAACCAGAAGCUUGCCCGUAACAGCCGUGCAGGAAAUGUGUUCGAAAGCAUUCACAAUGUGCCAGCACGGACAACGGAUGUGGAACAACCAGAAACUACCAUUCCCUCAAUCGACAACGAAAGUGCUAAGGUCGAGGAAACGAUCGUAUUCCGGGAAGUGAUUACCCGACACGAAGAGGACACCUUCGAGGACGUUAGCAGUGGGUCACGGAGGAAGGAUUUGUCGUGGCAACUCGCCGUACUAUUUGCUCUCUUCUCGAUCGUUCUGGAGAUCGUACGCCAUUGAAAGUUAUCGAUUUCUCACGCGGUGAGCAUGAUCUCUCUCGCACACACCGGAACCAAACUGCUGCAAUCGUUACGGGCCGUGCUCGGCGGGCUGAAGUGGAAGUGUUUCACGCACGUUUCGUCAUUACUUCCAUUUUGGUCGUCGCCGACCGUGGCCACACUCGUUGCACUGGAGACAACAUAUCACGUGAAGGAAAAAAAAGUGAUAUCCCGGACGACUGGUUUUAGAAUCUGGCUUACAAGUUGUAAAUAUUUGAUACAGCGACAGACCACAACGAAAAAAAAAACAAAUUGAGUAGAAACCUCCGCGAAACAAGGAUAACUUGCGGAAUGUUUCAUUUUUUUAGAAGCGCUUUUUCUGGUUUUGUAAUUUUAUAUGAAACGAACAAACUCACUUUUGCUAAUACCGCAAAAUUGAACGAUGAACAAAUUAGAUACUAAUAAGAACGGCUUGAUGAUACUAAUAGCAGCACGCGUAGGCAGAAGUAAAGGUAAGCAAAGAGUUACAAAUUUUUAAUGUGCUCAACAGGAGAACAAUUUCGUUUACUUGCUAUUUGGGAGGUCUAAGGGAAAAAACGGACUAAAUCCAAAUGGCAAUGUAAAAGCGAGCGGACAAUUAAACAGUACAGAAAAAAGUAACGGAAUUCAGAAUUCAGGAAGGAUCAUCGACACGAGAUCAUCGGCAAAGUUGCGCUAAUGCAUACGCAGCUCUAGCCGCAGUAAGAUAAGAUUAUGCUAGUCUAAUUACUGUUUAAUUGCGCGCAAAGAACUGACUGGAGGUGCACAGUGGACGAGCAAGGGCCAGAAUAGGAUCAGGGCCGUUUCGAAUGUUUCACAAAAGCCUUUCGCGAUGGCUACGCUUACAAUAACGGAGAAACAAAGAAAUGAUGUUAGUGAAAUUUAGAAACUCAGCUUAGGGAUAAGCUUUUCAUCGCACAGCUUCAGCGAAAUAAACGACGCAAAUUGAAAAAAAAAACAUUAAUAGAAUUAACAACGAACGAAAGCGACGGUGCCCAAUGGCCGUCCAUUCAACGCCAGCAGCAAUAAUUGUGAAACAUUGUGCGAAAUUAAGUGACUUUAGAAAAUAAAUCUAACCUUAAAACUAA